AUGGGCAAAUACGCCAUUGUCGUGAUUGGCCCGGCCGGAAGCGGGAAGAGUACACUCUGCACCGUCGUGGCGGAGCACUACGCGACGAAGGGCCGCUCCACACACAUCUGCAACUUCGACCCCGCCGCGGAGGAGCUGUCGUACAACCCAUCCAUUGACAUUCGCGACCUCAUCUCGCUGGAGGAUGCGAUGGAAGGGAAGGGCCUUGGCCCCAACGGCGGGUUGGUGUUCUGUAUGGAGUACCUGCUGAGUCACGGGGAGGUGUGGCUCUCUGACCAGCUCGGCGACCACGUGGAGGACUUCAUCAUUGUUGAUAUGCCCGGGCAGGUGGAGGUCCUUUCGCAUGUCUCCGCGGUGCCAGGCUUCACGCAGGUGCUGCAGCGCGCUGGCUUCAACGUUGUGGUGCUGUUCCUGCUUGACGCUCUGGCGGCCACGGCGGAUGCGGGGAAGUUUAUCUCCGGCUGCACCUUUGCCCUCUCCAGCAUGGUCUGCUUUGACUGCCCCUUCUUGAAUGUCCUCACAAAGUGCGACCUCCUCCCGCCGGCUAUCAAGGAGGAGACACUGGAACACUACUGCGCGUGCGAGUUCGACCACCUCGACACGAAACCGCUGCCCGGGAGGUGGCGCGAAAUGGUGCGCACAAUGGCUUCUGUCAUAUCCGAUUUUAACCUCGUCACGUUUCGUCCAAUGGACGUCACCGACACGGCCUAUGUGGACAACCUCUGCCAGCUCAUCGACGAGGUACUGCAGGUGGCGGAUGACGCGGAGGUGAACGAUCGCGAUAUACCCAACGGCAACGAGGACGGUGAGAAUGCGGAGGACACAAUUGAUUGGAAGCACUACUGA